GCGAACACUGAAUGGUCACAAAUUCCAAACUAACUGCUAGACACUUAAUUUGUGUAUGAAUACGAUGAUAAUGCCAAUGUGGCAUCGGGGUCAGUGUUUAGAUUAACACAUUUAAUUAGAAUGAAGAUCCAUGCGAACAUAUAUGUUCAUGCAUUCCCAUUUGACAGAACUUUCAGGACGACAAAGGCUCGGAUCAGAUACCACAAAGGAUCGAACUCCGUUGGAAUGCACGUAGGGAUUCCGAACUCAAAAGAUUUGUCAAAACAAACUUCCUUAUUGUAAAUCCAAAAGAGGAACUUGUCUACGACCUUAGGAAAGUGUUGCGUGAUUGCAUUGUAGAGAUAUCUGCUAUGACAGGAUGGUAGAGAGUCCUGGAACCUUACAGGAGCUGGUAGUGGAAUUCAUUGCCAGCCAUGUCAAGGAAGUUUGCACCUCACGAGUGUCUCUGGAUGACAACACCCACAGACUGUACUUCAGGGAUUGCAAUGCAUUUUGUCACCAAAAAGUUGCAAACUUGCUGCUUAUGACAAUGGACAGAAAAGGCCUUCUAGAUGAUUUGAAUAUGACAUUGUUUGACCCAGUGGUGCUGCGCCUAAGUCAAGUGACUCUACACAAUGCUAAUAAUGUAACUUGUAAGGGUCUCAGAAUACUAAAAAGUCAUCAAAUACAAUCUGUGGAAGUGAAAAACCUUUCGAAAGUUUCAGUGGAUGAACUUAUUAGUUGCUUUGGUGAAUGGACCCUCAAUAAUAUACAUGCAUUAAGUGUUAGUGGAUCUACUUUUACUUCUCAUACUUCAAAUGCAGUUUGUAAAGGAAAUACACUUUCAACAAAAUUAUAUGUAGGCCUAAGCAAGUUGAAGAAUUUACAUGUGUUGAAUGUUAGUGGAACAGAACUAUCAUUCCAUGCACUACUGAAUAUUUGCAAUGACCUACAUAUGCUCAGUUCCCUUGAUAUAUCCAACUGUAGUAAACUUGAAUCAGUAGAGUGUCUCCGUAUCAGAAAAAACACCUUGAAAUCAUUGAAUAUGUACAACCUAAAAGUGCUGCGUAUGGAGGAAACAAAGCAAGUGCUGCUGGAGCUAAGGGAUCUCAUCCACCUAGACAUCAGUGAAAACAAGGGUAGUCAGGACCCAAUUGACCGGCUCAUGCCCAUGAAGCCCAUUGUACCCGACUUGCUCAGGGAUCCUGUGUUUGGCCCGAACCUCAGAUCAUUGGACAUCUCAGGGCAGGACCAAACUAAGCUGGAGGAUCUACACUUCUUCCUCAAAGGCCACCCUAAACUAGAGUUCCUUGGACUUAUGCUGACCUCUCUCUGCUUAGACACAGUAUUCCUUGAUGGCUACAGUAUCACAGACUCUUUUGUGGUCACCAAAUGUUGAUGUAAGCUAUUUUGCUGCUGGCAUUGUGGCACAUCUGGUGUGUGCGGGACAUGACUCUUGGGAUGAGUCUGGCAUAUCAAAAGAGGACCUUCUUGAAGAACUGGGAAAGGUUGUGACAAGCUGGGAGCAGCCGAAGGAUGAGAUGGUUGCAUACCGUUCCUUCCAGCCUUUCAUUCCAUUGUUGACAGCGUUGAACAUGCACCAAGUCCAGCUGUGGGCUGUGUGGGCACUGCAUCAUGUUACCACCAAAAAUAGUAAGCGUUAUUGUCACAUGCUUGUACGCGAAGGAGUAGAUGAUGUUUUGCGAAAGCUAGUAGCUCUACCAGGAUCAAAUGCAUCAGUUCGGGAGCUGGCUGGAAAAGUUGUGGACGUACUUCAUGAAAAUGGCUUUACAAAAGAGACCUAGUAACUGGGAGGAAUUUUUAUUAUAAUAUUUCUGCUUCCUAUUAUUAUUAUUUUUUAAAUAUUUAAUGAAAUCUGAUGUGAUUAUGCUUAGUCUUUUGUAAUGGAAGACUUUUUUGCCCUCUGUUACUGCUGUCCAUAUAAUAUAAUGGAUUAUGUUAAUCAUACUGUUAUUACAUAAUUUUUGAUGUUGUCUUUAAAGAAUGUGACGUAAAAAGGAUAGGAAUUGCUUUAACGAAUACCUGAAAUGUAUUGAGAGAGAAAAAACUAUUUAAGAAAGGCAAUCAUAUGUAUCUAAUAUAUUGAGAUUAAUAUAAUAUUACAUGUAUACAUUGUUAGGUGUUGGUACACUCCUUUUAUUAAAUACAUAGCUGCAAAAGCACACACAUACACAGACACACUCAGACGCACACACACACGCACACACACACACUCACACACACACACACACACACACAGACUCACUC